AUGGCUGAUGAUGAGGGCCACAAGGGUGAAGAUGGAGAAGAAGAAGAAGAAGAGGCCAACGAAGAAGCUCUUAUAGAGGAAGUGGAAGAGGAAGCAGUAGAAGAAGAGUCAAUUUUAACUGAAUAUGACCCUGAUGACUUUAUAUCCGGUGCUGUUACAAGCCUGGAUGCUACUUUACCUGACGACUUAUUUGAAUUUGAACAUUCCUAUGGUUAUAACUGCCAUAAAUACUUUAACUUAUGCGCAUGCGAUGAUUCUGUUGUAUGCUGGUCUGCGGGCAGUAUUAUUACGUUCAUGGAUGUUAACACCAAACAGACAUGGUUUCGUCGGAGCACCACUGGCGGAUCCGUUGGAAACAUUGUGUCAUACAGGAAAGACCCGAAUUAUCGAAUAGCAAUCGCUGAAGGAAAGGAGGGACACAGAGAUCCUCUUAUUUUGAUGUACACGUGGCCACAAAUGGAAAUUGAUGCCGUUCUACGUGAUGGAACAAGCAAUGCAUAUUCUAUUCUUGACUUUAGUCCUGAUGGAGAACUUUUGGCAUCGGUGGGAAAAGAACCGGAUUAUAACUUGACUAUAUGGAAUUGGAAACGGCAUAGAAUUCUUCUACGCACUAGUGCUUUUACAUUUGACGUCAACGCUGUUAUGUUCUCGCCUUAUUGUCCUGGCCAACUGACAACCGCUGGAGCUGCGCAUGUUAAGUUUUGGAAAAUGGCCAGUACCUUCACAGGCCUUAAGUUAAAAGGAGAACUUGGACGCUUCGGAAAAACGGAAAUUUGCGAUGUCCUCGGCGUAUAUCCUAUGCCUGAUGAAAAGGUUUUGUCGGGCUGCGAAUGGGGCAACGUUUUAGUUUGGGAGGCUGGACUUGUCAAAUUGGAAGUUACACAACGAGGACGUAAAACAUGUCACAAGGCACCAGUGAUUCAAUUCAUGCUAAGUCCCGCGGGUGAUGAAGUGACCACUAUAGCGCGUGAUGGAUGCGUUCGUGCCUGGUACUGGGAUACCGUGGAACAAGCGGAUCCUCCAGAGGACGACCCGUAUGUUGAACUAAAUCCCGUCGCUGAAACUUGUGUCCCAGGCUGUCAAAUAAUGUGCCUAAAACAUCAGAAGGGCAUGUUUUGGUACGCACAAGAUGGCAAUGGUGGAGUGUGGAGCUUAGAGUUAGAAAUAGAUAAAAUCGAAUGUAACCAUCGCAAAGUUAUGACUUGCCACGCGGGUCCUGUCGUCGCUAUGGCCAUUCUCAGGACACACCCCAUAUUAGUAACUGCCGGGCAAGAUGGUGCCCUCCAGGCGUAUAACACAGACACACAUACACUACUAGCGAGAUACCAGUUUCAGGCUGGUGUAACAUGUCUACUGUAUCCACCAAUUGACGUCGAUGAAACCUCUUGUAUAAUAAUCGUAGGCUUUGGGGAUGGUAUAAUGCGGGUCUUGUAUGUUCAUCCGGAUCGCCUUUUGGCCCAGACCACGUUGGUUGAAGUGAGGGUUCACUCUAACCUAACCAUACACAGCGAGGACUCCAUGCAUGCUGAUGUUCUUGACUUAAUAUGUUUACUAAAGCCCCACUCAAAGUCACUAACGCAGAUAACAAUUAACGAGAAACGAACAUUGUUAGUAACGUGUGGGCAGGACAGCACUAUAUUUAUGUAUCGACUCAUUGUUGAUACGCCAUUUCGACUUCAUAGACUUGGAUUUAUUGAAACACCAAAUAAUAUUGCGUAUAUGACUUGGAAACCUGAAGAGGAGCAAGUGCUACUUUUGUGCGGUCAAGUAGGCUUUAUAAUGGAAGCUGUGUUACCAGAUGUUUCUAUUCGUGAAUAUACAGAUAUAACAACUUUCAAACUAGAUUUUGUAUCGUAUAAGGAAACGCUUGUUAAAAAACAUUAUAUGCGUCACCGACCAUUUCCAACUGAAGAAGAUUUAGCCAGUAUAGAUGAGGAAGCACUAAAAGCUAAAGAAGAAGCGGAAAGAGAAAAAGAUGAGGAUGAAGAGGAAGAGUGGCUUGGAGAGAUACAAUUGAUCGAAAGUGAAAGUAUGCUCGGAACUACAAUAACAUGGGCUGAAUAUUGCGAAGAGGGUAUCUGGGUUGUUCAGCGAGGUACUGGAGCGCUCUUCUUGAUUAAACCAGGGCAGAACAAAAUAUUUAAAUAUGGCCCAAUACCUGGAGCGUGGUGUGAUGAUAUCACUUCACUCAAGUUUGUGUGCGACCAUCGCUAUUUAAUUGUGGGAACUAACACUGGCUAUAUCCGCGUGGUCCGCAUGCCUACUGAGGAUGAAGACAACCCUGAACAGCAUCACGUUAUCUGGAUGAUGGCUCAGCAAAAGUUGCUGAAGAAACUAAAAGGCCGUCGAUUAGCUAAAGAAGAGCCCCAACCAACACCUCGUAUCGACUUUGAUGAUCGAUAUUAUUUGCCCAUGCAUGAUCACUAUACGGGAGCAAUCACCGCCUUAGAAUUUAGUGGAGAUGGAAAGCGAUUUUAUACUUGCGGGGAAGAUGGUAAUAUUUUUUCCUAUUUUGUGAACUUCACGGAACCGCUUGUACCACCACCAACUAAAGUAAAACUCAAGGAACUUCCGAAAGUAGAAAAAGCAAGAGAACCCAGUACAUUGGACGGGGAGUUAAUGUCUCAUGAAGAAUUGAAACAGAAAGAGGAGUAUGACAAGAUGAUGUCCAUAGCUAAUGCGCAUAAGAAGCGAGUUCGAGACCAACUAGCUGAGCUCACCGCUGAAUAUAGCAAGAUUAUUAAAGCAAACCGAGCUUUACCACAUUCACAACAGAUUGAUGUAACUCUCGAUCCUCGACCCCUACAAGUCCAAGAGAGAGAACUGGAUCAACUUAAAGCUUUGACAAAGCGAAAGCUCGCCCAUCAACUUGAAGCAUCUGAUCUUGGGUUUGAUAAAAUGUAUUCAAGGAACAUUAUUCAGUUAGACGUGUUUCCAUUUACGUUGAAAUGUAUAAGGGACCCGGAAGUAAUGAUAAGACCUUUACGACAAAAGAAUCUCUCCAAAACUUUUUAUAACCAAUUAGAAGAAGUGCAUCAGAAAAUGGCGGAGGCCGCUUUACGUGGGAGACGAACCGAUACGACAGCCCGAAGAGCAGCCGCAAGAAAAUCUUCCUGGGGACCGCCACGAAUCGCAUCGUUUCUUCUUGGUCUACCCCCAAAACCAUCUCAUCCACUGAAAAAGGCACUUCGCAAUUAUCAUCAGAGAUUGAACAGACAUCACCUUCAAUUUAUUGAGUGGCAAGAGCAUGUAUCUCGUAAACCAGACCCAAAUGCAAUGCCCCCGGGUGCUGCAGAAGCUCUUAAAGACGCUGAGGCUUCGAUUGGUAAUCGUUUAUUAAAGACACAACCGGAUUAUGUGGCACCGCCUGGGCAUAAUACGCAACUGCGAGUUUGCCUUGCAAGAAAAGAGAUCUACGACACAAAACGAGCGUUUAACGAAAAAAUACUUCAACUAAGGGAGCACAAAGUAAAGCUUGUAGCACGAAUGAAAGAGAUAGGCGAGCGCCUAGCGGAAAUACGGGUUGAGAUUCCACCGAAAAUGGUGAAACAUCCCCCACCAAUACCGGAAAUUGAUGAGGACUUGGAAUUUCCAGAAAAAAACUUAGAGAUCAAACCCGUUGUGAUCCAACCUUCGGCAAGACAAGCGAUGGCUGCACGAAAAACAAUGGAGCGGCGCAAGUCGACAUUGUAUCCUCAGCAAAGAGUUAGACCGCCACGCGUACCGCGCUUCAUACCGCUCUCUGACUCAAGGCCUCUUGCUGCAUCAUGGGAAAUUUUGAAAUUCAAACAGGAGCAAGAAUCUUUUGCUAUUGAAGCCGAAAUACGUGAGCGACGUAUAGAAAGACAUUUGUAUGAACAAGAUAUGCUUUUGGCUGAUGCUGAAGUAUCAGUUCAACAGUUUGACUCUAGGCUAAGACAACUGCAAAGGGAACGUAUUCGCGUUCAGGAGAAAAACCAACUAUUAGAGUUACACCUAUAUCAGCUUCAUAGAGAAAUGAAUGUUUUAAAUCGAUUUGAGGCUCAUGAAGAUCGCUUGGCUGAAAGGGUGUAUGCAAAAUUAAUGCAGGUUCGCGGAGUACAAGAUCAAAUUCAAGAUUGCGAACAUCGCAUCGACGAACAUCACGCUGAAAAGGAGCGACUCGACGCAGCUUGCCAAGAGCUACAAAGACAAUUCAAGAGGCUCGUACAAGAUAAUAAGUUUGCUGAUUUCUUGCGAAGAAUAUUUAAGAAGAAAUACCGUCCGCCACGUGACCGUGAUGACGAUGAAUCAUCAGAGUCUGAAUCUUCAUCAUCAUCAAGUGAGGAAGAAGAUGAAGGUAGCAUGGAUAGUCGAGACAUUGGUCCAAUACGACUCGAUCCUAAUAUUUGUCCUGAAGGGUGUGACGUUGAUGUUUAUAACAAAACUUAUGAAUUAAGAAAUACAAGGCAUAAACAUGAGCAAGACAUCAUAGAGCAGGAUCGGUUUAUUGAGCUUUUACGUAAAGAUAUUGAUGCGCAUAAUAAAAUUAAGCGCAAAUUUUCCGUGCAGUUGGAAAAGAGGAAAAAUGAUCUUCGGGAGUUUAUGAUGGAAAAACAAAGUUGUAUGAAUGAUGUUGAUCAAGUCGUUGUGUUACGGUAUGAUCAAAUCAGGGCUUCGGCGAUUCGUGGAUGUACUGGCCCUCAAGGGUUAUCACAGACUGUUGUCUUUCCUGAAAAGAUGUUGGCUAAGUUGCGCAAACGCGUCCUAGAGUUGCACGACGAAAUCAAACAGCAAAAACAGAGACAAGCGGUUAACCGCACACAUCUGUUCCGAAUGAAUAUUGAUUUACGUGAAAUGGAGGCAAAGGCUGAGGAAUUAAGAGCGAAAAUGCGUGACAUUCUUACACGGAAGCUCGGAAAGCCACGUAAAGUCGACCGUACACUGGACGAUUUAUUACGACAAAUGGCGCGUAGGCAUAAAUUCUCUACCACUUUGGGUACACUGAAACAGAUAUUGAAACAGCUACGUAGUUGGAGGGAACGCCACGGAGAGUUGGAGAAGAAAUAUCUCGCUACUCUGGAACGUUAUUCGGAGCGUUUGCGUAUUGCAGCAGCAUUGCAGGCUGACGUUUUGCCGCAGAAGCCCAAAAAAGAUCCCUCAGUAAUGGUAGGUGGCUACGAGCAAGAUCAAUACCAGCGUGAUGUCGUACGUCUACGUAUCGUGCGCUCACAACAGACUCAUCAAAUUAAGUCCCUACGUGAAGAAAUACAAAGUCUUCGUCUUAAGCCUUUGUCAUACCGACCACCGAUGAAACAAGUGACUCCGCCUCAGUCCGACCGCUCACAAAUCUACCUCUUCCAAGUGCCGCACACUGCCCGGAUGGUGCGGAAAAAAUAUUUCCCAAUAACACCUCUUGGAUCAGUUCAGCUGGUAUAUGAUGUGAAUGUAAUGAAACUAUUAUAUGACUGCUUGGAUUCGAUGAGGGUUACCCGUGAUGAUGCUGAUGAAUUGCUUCGUGAGCUCACUGCUGAACUGCCAGAUGUUAUUUCUGGAUCAAAAACUCGAUUUGAAGUGGUGGACACGUUAGUGCGCAAAUGGCUGUUGAAAUAUGGCGGUGAUCCGAGUAUGUACAAGAAACAAACGCGUGCCUUCGACGCUUUAGCUGCAUUGGCUGAUCGUCUUAUACGGCAACAUGUCGAGGCAAUGGAAGGAACAGAUGAGCAAUCGCACAAAAUCAUGGAAUCCUUGGAACAGGCUCUCAAAGAUGUUUCCGGGUUGAGGAAGCAUUUAAAUGAGCGCCUCGGGCCGGCCAUAGCCGCCUUGAUGCAUACUACUGAAUUUGCUGAUUUAGUGACUGCAGAAACAAUGACGUCAUUGGUAAACUCUUUGGUCGAUGAAGAAAACCCCAUAUCAGCUCAAUCUGUGGAGAGCAUCGACAUGUUAAAUGUCAUCGAAGAUAUCAAAGAUUGCGGAAUACAAGCUCCAGCCGAUGAGUUGGAGCAUAUAGUGAAAGUAGCUAUAGAAUGCUUGAAGGCGCAGCUGAUAAGCGAUGAUGAGGCUAAGAAAAUAGAUGAAGAGGUCACAAAAGCAAUGAGCGCUGAUACGAAAUCAAUCGCUUCUGCAAAGGAGCCUAAGUAAAAUAAUGGAAAGCUCCUACUAAACACACCUACGAGGGUAAAGGCAACGUAAAUACCGGUGGUAGAAUAAAUAAUAGCUAGCAAACGUAUAUUAAGUUAUGAAGAAAAUGAUUUUAAUUUACUUCCGUGAUAAUGUUAGUACUUACUUUAAUUUUUGUU